ACCAGAGUGGGCCUAGGUCACUUGAAUCAGGGGGGAUGGCCUCAGGGUUGGGGCUGGGGCCUCUCCAGGGGGGUUCACUCCCUGCCCACCAGGUGGGCGUCACCCUCACCUGGCCUCUCCUGGGCCUCCUGCAGAUGCAGCUGAUCCUGCACUACGAUGAGACCUACCGCGAGGUGAAGUAUGGCAACAUGGGGCUGCCGGACAUCGACAGCAAGAUGCUGAUGGGCAUCAACGUGACGCCCAUCGCCGCCCUGCUCUACACACCUGUGCUUAUCAGGUUUUUUGGUACCAAGUGGAUGAUGUUCCUGGCUGUGGGCAUCUAUGCCCUCUUUGUCUCCACCAACUACUGGGAGCGCUACUACACCCUUGUGCCCUCAGCCGUGGCCCUGGGCAUGGCCAUUGUGCCUCUGUGGGCCUCCAUGGGCAACUACAUCACCAGGAUGGCCCAGAAAUACUACGAGUACUCCCACUACAAGGAGCAGGAUGAGCAGGGCCCCCAACGGCGCCCACCUCGGGGCUCCCACGCACCCUAUCUCCUGGUCUUCCAAGCCAUCUUCUAUAGCUUCUUCCACCUGAGCUUUGCCUGUGCCCAGCUCCCCAUGAUCUACUUCCUGAACCACUACCUGUAUGACCUGAACCACACGCUGUACAAUGUGCAGAGCUGCGGCACUAACAGCCAGGGCAUCCUCAGCGGCUUCAACAAGACGGUUCUGCGGACGCUACCGCGGAGCCGAAACCUCAUUGUGGUGGAGAGCGUCCUCAUGGCGGUGGCCUUCCUGGCCAUGCUGCUGGUGCUGGGCUUCUGCGGCGCUGCGUACCGGCCCACCGAGGAGAUCGACCUGCGCAGCGUGGGCUGGGGCAACAUCUUCCAGCUGCCCUUUAAGCACGUGCGCGACUUCCGCCUGCGCCACCUUGUGCCCUUCUUUAUCUACAGCGGCUUCGAGGUGCUCUUUGCUUGCACUGGUCUCGCUCUGGGCUAUGGCGUGUGCUCAGUGGGGCUGGAACGCCUGGCAUACCUCCUUGUGGCUUACAGCCUAGGUGCCUCGGCAGCCUCUGUCCUGGGCCUGCUGGGGCUGUGGCUGCCACGCCCGGUGCCCCUGGUGGCUGGGGCUGGACUGCACCUGCUGCUCACUCUCAGCCUCUUUUUCUGGGCCCCGGCGCCUCGGGUCCUGCAACACAUCUGGAUCCUCUAUGUAGCAGCCGCCCUCUGGGGUGUGGGCAGCGCCCUCAACAAGACUGGGCUCAGCGCACUCCUGGGAAUUCUGUAUGAGGACAAAGAGAGGCAAGACUUCAUCUUCACCAUCUACCACUGGUGGCAGGCCUUGGCCAUUUUCGCAGUCUACUUGGGCUCAAGCCUGCCCAUGAAGGCUAAGCUGGCGGUGCUGCUGGUGACGCUGGUGGCGGCCGCUGCCUCGUACCUGUGGAUGGAGCAGAAGCUGCGGCGGGGUGUGGUCCCGCGCCAGCCACGCAUCCCGCGGCCCCAGCACAAGGUGCGCGGCUACCGCUACCUGGAGGAGGACAACUCGGACGAGAGCGACGUGGAGAGCGAGCGCGGCGGCGGCGGAGGCCGGGGAGACGGCGUGGAGGAGGAGGCGCCGCCCGCCGGGCCGCGGGCGGGCCCCGAACCAGCCUGCCCCUACGAACAGGCACUGGAAGGCGAUAGGUCCGAGGAGCAGUGAAGGGCCCAGCCUGACAGCCGGCCUCAGGGCACUGCGUCUCAGGCUGGGGCCGCUCUGAUUCUGCGCCAGCUUCUGGAAGGACCCUCUGCGCGCCCCUCUGCACGUUCGGAACGCCCCUCCUAGAGCCCGGGGCACCUGGAGCUUGGGAUUCGCCCCGCAGCCCCCUCCACGGAGGGGUGGGACCUCGAGAUCCCUCUGCCAGGCCCAGGGUUCGAGAGACAGCACAGCUGAAACCCCCCUUCGACCCUUGGGGCCGCUUUCCACGACCUCCUCCCUGGCCCCAGGCCCGGGGCAGGGAGCCCCUAGUCCCGCCCCAGCUCUGCUACAGGCCAGGGCCCAGCGUGUCGCACGCUUUGCACGUCCUGUUCACAUGGUCCGCCAUGAGGUGCAUAAAGAAAAUGAGCAAUAAAGAGAUUUUGUAUUGUCCUGA